AUGAAAGUGCGUCAUGAUGCUCGAGGAGCAGCGUCAGUCCACGGCGCCUGUACCCGAAGUCGAGAUGAUGCCAGUGCACAGCGUACUGUGGCGUCCCCCACCACCUCCGUCAUCGUCCUGGGUGUCGCCCCAUUAAUGGUCAAUAAUGCUCGCCGUCUCUCCAACGUGAUAGGAGGCGAGAAGGGGAUCAACGGCUUUGUCUUGGAUCCUUUCCAACCACUCAGCGGCACCAAAACUGCGACCCAGAUCCCGAGUUGGAAAGUCAGUAGAAGCCUUUUCGUCAAAGGGAUUUGCCCGAUUGCCCACACAGCUGCCCAACCAGAUAUCACUAACCCACACGGCGCAGCACCACGACGGGUACAACGCGCACCCACAAGGCGGCAGGCCCCACACUCCAUUCACAUUCACAUCACAUCCACAACGCAGUGCACGCAGUGCGGGACACUCGUGUUGCCUCGCAGUACACACUACGUACAGGUGCAGCACAGUCUGACAAGACAAGACAAGACCACACCAGACAAGACCAGACAAGACAAGGGAUGCCUCGACCUCGCUGCCCCCCACGAUCGGAUCGCACCGGCCAAAGCAACGGCGCUGCUGCGACGAGAAACUCAGGACACCAGUGCGAAGCAACCAAGUGACUACAUGACCAUCACAUCACACAGACCCUUCGGCAGCCCGUCCCGCGCCUGGGCCACGAGGUUUCCUGUGUUGCACACUCGCGGAAUCACUCAUCACCCACUGAGCACCUCGAAUCCAAAGUGCCAAGAGCGUGUGGACCACUCACCGACUUCAUCACUGUUACGUACGAACCGCUGCGGGCGGCCGCGGCCUCUGAAUUCACAGACUCGAGAGGGGGCCUCCUCAAUUGACGGGGGUCAGGCGGUGCCUCUGCUCGUCCCUGGGUGCAUUAGGGGACAGCGACGCGUCCCAAGCUUGGGCCAAGGGAGCACAGCGAAAUGCAACCGCAUCCUCCUCUUUGUCCCAGAUACAGCGAAAUCCAUCAUCCUUGACCCCGUCCAUGCGCGUUCUGCCUCCUGA